AUGGAUUUGAAUUUUAACUGUGGAAUGCGUCGCGGAGUUAUGCCAAAAUCAACAAAGCUCAAUCCUUUCUUCAACGCUUACCAACAGAAGCAACAAAAGCAACCUCAAAAAAGGAAAGGCUUUGACAUUAUCUGUAACAACAUGCCAAAGGAAUUCUCCCUUAAUUUGACCCAAGAGGAACUUGCAAGAAGAUAAACGUCAAUCAUUACUAAACUUAUUGCAUAGGCCUUUCGCGCAUUACUAUACUCCAAUUGCAUUUUAAAGUCAUUGUAUCACUGUAAUUCUUACUCAAACUAAAGAACAACAAAAAUGGAAAUAUCUAAUCUUAUGUCUUUAAACUGAUAUGCUGAUGGCGACAUUAACGAAUGAUAUGUGGUCUAUUUGUGAUUAUAUAGAGGAUGAUAGAUUUCACGAUAGAAGUGACGCAAGGUCCCAUAAACCAUGCAAGACCACAAGAGCAUUUAAACCAAUUACUUCCUAUCAUAUAAAACCAAUUCAUCUCGUCAAAUUGGUGAUGUUUUGAUAUUGACCAAUAGUCGAUACAAGUGCCGAGUUAUAGUCAUAUAGGCCAUAAUGAUACCCUAUAGUAUAGUAUAUAUGUAGUUACCGUAAUAAAUACCCGAUAUUCCGUACCAUCUCCUAUAAAACUGUAAACCAGUUGGAGGACAAGCAUACCCUCUGUUGGCAAAUACAGUCACAUCCAAGACUGAUAUGUUACUUCUUUAACCUAUUAUCUCACUUUCCAACUGAUUGUCAAGAUUAUAGGCGAUUUUCGAGAUGUUGCUAUGUGACAAUCAUACGAUACCAUAGGAGACAUGAAAGUAGAUACACGCCAGCUUUUAAUGAACUAUCAGCUAGCACCGUGCUCCAAGAUAUUACUGGUAAGAUGAAAUAUCAGCUGAGAAAACAUCACCGUGAAGGAGAUGAUGAAUGUGCAUGAGAUUAUUAAUAACU